AUGUUGAAGCGCCCCGACGCAGUUAACUUAGGAUUCCCCGUCUGGGAUCCGGUAAUGGGCUCGGACGACGUGGAAGCCGCACACUCAGUCACAUUUCCGUCGGUGGUGAUCGUUCUGCGCAUAAUUACGAUGAGGACCGCCGGCGAUGACGUGGCAGAGUUGAGGAAGAACGAGUGUAGUGCUUGUUCCACAGAGUUCAAGCAGUACCAGCACCUGGUGUGUCACCUGUACUGGCGCCACGGAACCGAGAGCCUGAGCUGCAGCAAAUGCCCAGUGCGGAGGUGGAAGUACGCACUCCACAUCUGCAACGUUCUCUCGUACGACGACCUCGCGUACGGUGACGAACCUGCGGCCGAUGCGGGGAGUGUCGCCUCCAGCUCUGGGUCUGUCCCGGAACAGCGGGACAGCAUCUAA